CGCGGGUAGGUGUACCUCGAGACAGAAGCGGUUAAACGCGCCGUCACGCCCCCUGCCAUGAUACCAGUUAGGCAACUGGCUGAUGGAAAUAACGAUGGUUGCAUGACGGCCAACAUCAGUCACUUAUUUGCAAGUCACCGUAAGUCGAUAUAUAGCAUCAGCCAGGUUAAUAAGAUUUCCGCAGGGUACGUGCGUGCUACGGCACAGUUUCGUGCCUUAAUUAUGCACUAUCGGUACAAUAUCGUGGGCUCUUGUGCCGAGUAACACUCUGAAGUGUCGCUCUCAUGUUUUUGGAUGGACUGAAUCGACACAGAAUGAACGCUUCAGUGCUGCGCUAUAUUUGGGGUACAGGAAUCACUGCGGCCGCUGGCGAGGAGACAGGCGAGUAACCGGUAAAUUAGUACGUGCACAGGCUUUGCGGUCAUUGGACUCCAUCGAUGAACCAUAAAAUUUCAGUGCAGGUCCACGGUCCCUACGGUAACGCAGUAUAUGCUGGCAACAUCGGCACCGUUGAUGGUUCAUCAGAAAACUCUGCCUGAUGCCUAUGUAAACGAAUUUUAAACAGUCUCUGCCCUGCCUAAAGCCUGUAGAUUCUACGGUAUCAUUAGGCUGUCAUGCUACACCGUGAUUAAGAGGAAUGCGCAUGAUUGUGAAACUAAUGACACGUCACAAUUACAUGCAGGAGAUCAUAGCCGCUCACGUGCCCCGAAGUACGUUGUAUCAUAUGGUUUGCGUCUGGUAUGUAGGCCUCAGAUACUGCGAUCCUAUACGACACAACGGACAAGCAUAGUGUGGAUCAGUGAAAAAGAAAGCAGCUGCAUCUUUCGACAGCUGCAAACCAAAGCAGGUUACCAACAAAAAUGGCAUAAUAACGGCGCCUGACUCAUGGUUCAUUGUGCUGGCGCACACAUGGCCUGUUUUCCGUUGAUUCCAGCACGAACUGGGACUUCGUUUUACGUCUACAGUGCUUUGGAGUCGGUGCACGCUGUCUCAGGCGCUUGAUUCUUCCGACCGUGGACCCUUGGGCCAACUUCUGCGACCCAUGCAAAGCUCACGGCGAUGACACCGUCUUAUCCGACGCUCCACCACUCAACACCACCGCGAGGGAGCUCUGUCCGGUAGCCAACUGAUGGACAUGGGGGUGAAUUUAGCAAACACUCUUAUGACCUACGUGAUGGUCCUAGUUGUGUUGUGGCAUGCUCGCCUGAACCCUCAAACUACGGACGCUAAAAGCAUCACACCACGAUCCACGGAAUCAACAACGGACGAGAACGAGUUGGACGCUGUUCAAACAACGCCAGCUGAAGGAACAACUGCUUCUCACGAAAGCGUACAUUUGGAUCGUCCACGUGACAGCGGUGGGUGCGGCAGUACCAGCGAAAGAUCGGCCGGACGUACGCAAGAUAAUACUCCUGAAAAUCAGACAACGAUCACCGACACGGGUGUCGUGACCGAUGAUGGGCUCAUCUCGGACGUUGGAACAUGUGAGCCGGAAGGGGGCAGCGACGCCAACGUGUUCCUGAUUCAGUGGACGGUGUUUGCCGACUGGCGUGUGCUGGUGGGACUCGCCGUCUUCGAAGUCAUCGUCUACGUCGUCACGGUGACUGUGGUCAUGGUGCUGCACUCCCGGCACAGAAACCAGGUCGGAUCGCUCCGGGAGGGCGCCCUCACUUCGAAGUAUCAGUUCGCUCUCUGAAGACGCGCUGCUGCCGU